GCCGAAUUCCAGUAUCGGACACGCCGGUGCCCACACGGCCGCCUGGACCUCGGUGAACUUUCUGUCUGGAGAAACGCCGAGAGGAGAACAUUUGCGUAUAGGACGGUCUUGAACACGGAUUUUUGUGUUAUAAGCGAAGUCUGACAGGCGGAUUGGUGUGUGUGUGAAAGCUUUAAGAGUUUUGUCUUUCGAGGAACCCAGCAGUUGCCAUAUUUGAUCUUAACUCUCUCCGCUUUAAACUCCAGUUUGCCAACAAAGGAGUUGAAAAGUGAGUCGUCAGCACAAUAGUUUCCCUGAGUCACACACAGUCUCAGCGCAUGAGGGCGGAUUGUGGACUUCUUUUUGUGUCUGAAGUGCGAGUUCCGUUUUGGAUUGACUCACUGCAGCAGGCAGGCAUUCAUCCACCCAGACAGCUGUCGGGCCCCGGGGCUGAGCCGCUAAACGAACCGCUGCUACCUGGCCGCGGGCAGGUGACAGGCGUGGCUGGGCGGGGUGGAGCUGGAACAACACCUGUGUGUGUGUGUGUGUGUGUGUGUGUGUGUGUGUGUGUGUGUGUGUGUGUGUGUGUGUGUGUGUGUGUGUGUGUGUGUGUGUGUAAUAUGAGAACUGGGUUGAGCUCGGUCUUGUAAGAGGAACUUUUCUGACAAGCCUCAGAAACACAGCGCCCUCCCUCAGAUGCGAGCUGGCUCCUCUCGCGUCCAAGUCACGCGGGUAGCCUACAUUAUGGACCGUCAUAACAAAUAGCACUUCUCCAGGCUUUGACCCUGCCACUGGAAACUGGGUCAGUGUGGCUAAAACAAAUUAACUGUUUAUUGACCGCUGGGUUUCGAGGACAUGGCGUUGUCACAGAUUCAGUGUCUGGACGAUCACCACGUCAACUGGCGCGUGAGUGAGAGCAAACCGGAGUUCUUCUACAGUGAGGACCAGCGGCUGGCGCUCGAGACUCUGAUCGCCCAGGGCCGCGACGCGUUCACGGACUACAUUCAACAGAAUGGCCUGCGCGAGUUUCUGUCGGAACCGGAGCUGGAGCGGCUGGCGCGCACAGCGGAGGCCUACCGGCCCGGGUACGAGCACCUCCAGAAACCAGAGACGCCAGGACCGGGGAACACCACUCCGGGCUCCGCGGAGGACGCGGGGGACGGCGCGGUGUCACUUCAGUACUGGCCCGACAAGUCCGAGGCCUCGGUUGCGGAGCUGGACCUGGGCUGGCCCGAGGCCAUCUCUUACCGGGGGGUCACCCGCGUAUCCGUGCACACCCAACCUCCGGCCGACGGACACACACACAUCAAGGAGGUUGUGCGCAAGACAAUUGCAUCAGCCCAGAAGGUGAUAGCAGUGGUGAUGGAUGUGUUUACAGAUGUAGAUAUCUUCCGGGACCUGCUGGAUGCAGCCUACAAACGCAAAAUCGCUGUUUACAUUAUCAUUGACAUGGCAGCAGUCCCCUGCUUCCUGUCCAUGUGUGGCAGAGCUGAUAUGCAUCGUGGACACCUAAAGAACCUGCGUGUGCGCUGCUGUGGAGGUGUGGAGUUCUACACACGUUCGGCUCAGAAGGUGCGUGGUUCUCUAAGCCAGAAGUUCCUCCUGGUAGAUGGAGACAGAGCCAUCUCUGGCUCAUACAGCUUCACCUGGUCGUCCUCGCGUCUGGACCGUAACCUCAUCACCGUGGUAACUGGGCAGGCAGUGGAGACCUUUGACCUGCAGUUCCGUGACCUUUACCUGAUCUCUAGAGGCGUGUCCCUCAGCAAGGUUCCUAUGGUUGAUGAACCAAUCCCCGACCCCCUCCCUCAAGCAGCCCCUGCUCCAGUGUCAGCUGCUGUUGCCAGGAAGCUCAUCAACCCCAAGUAUGCCUUGGUUGCCACGGGAAACCAUGCAAGCCCCACUUCUUCAGACCAAAAUUCAAGUAACAAGCAUUCAUCCUCCCCAAAUCCCGCUGGGCUUGGACUGAUAAAAGGGCGUGUUAAGGAGCAUAGGGCAGUCCCACCGCUACAUCCUGGAUUAGCCAAUCUAGAGAAAGCAUACUUGAUCCCGUACCUGCCAACCUGGCCUGAACCAGACCCACCCAGUGAUGUUAUUGGCUUCAUCAAUAUCAGAGAUGAAAAGCGGGCCAAUAUGGUUCACUUACAGCGAUCGGAGAGGUUUGAGGUCAGCCAGGCAAUACGCUUUAGCUCACCGUUCAAACCAUCCCCCGAUGAUGAUGCUCAUGCUGUGGGCCAGGAUGCAAAAGCUGCAGGUACAGCUGCACACCCAUCUGAGAACACAGGUACAGCUGCAAUUACUCUCCAGUCCAACACACAGCCUAAGGAGAAGAAACAGACCGGCCCUAAUGAAGGCAACACAGAUGCAGCUGAUUCUGGAGAGCCUCCUCAGCCACCCGACAAAACUUCAACACAACAUACACCUACUACCAAAUCACCAACUGAAGUUUUGACCACUUCACAGCCCAAAGACGAUGCUAAACAAACAACAGAGACAGACACUGCUGCUCAUCCUCCGGCCCCUCCCAUCCCAAAACCCCGCACGCUGCAGUUGGUCAUAGACUCGGCCACCUCAGAGCCGUCCAGCAAACCACAGAUCACCCUGAUUAAAAAGGACCAAUCAGAGACCCCAGCUGGCUCCUCCAGCAAAGCGAAACGCAAGGAAGAUGUGAAGCGUGGUCUCAACCGCAGACAAUCAAAGGAAGAGGGCAAAGACUCUGGUAGCAACGAUGAUGGUAGCCAAGACAGCACCAAGGUUAUAUGUGACAAAGCAGGCAAUGACAACCCUUCCAGUGUUUCCACAGCAUCAGAGGAGGAGUUCUAUGAUUGUGCCCAACCAGAGUCUAGUAAUCCCAUGGCCAAUGGAGUCUCGUCGGGGUCAGGGCACGGGCAUCGCCAAGGAGAUGGGGUCAACAUGAUGGCCCGCCUCUCCCAGAGCAUGUUGGAUCUCCGAGCUCCCAGCCAGUCAGAGGACAGCAUUGCCCUUAUCCACCAAUCACAACAGCUUCGCAGACAGGCACACCCCUCGCCACACAGGCACAUAGGACAGCUGUUCCAGGCUUCCAGAUCCCCAGGUCGUGACAGGCAGCUGAGAGCAGCUAAAGUAGUCAUUGCCAAACCGGGAAGUUUCCACCGCCCCACCCGAGCAUCUGGCCCAGUCAUAGGAGGGCACCGUUACUGGCAGAGUCAAGCUCUGCCGGCCGAUGCUGGCCAGCUGCGCCUGGAUGCACGUUCCGGUCGGUCGCCACGAAGACACAGCCCAGGCACUAGGAGGACAGAUCACGCCUCUCCGCAGCCACCAACCAAUCCACCAGGGGUGCUAGGAGUGCCUUUCUCAAAGCUGAGCAGCCUGAGACACUUGAGGCCACGUGGAGGAGCGUCGCAGAAGAAAACGUCUCAGCCUAACAAGGUUCUUAGGUAGAACUGGUGGGCCGUGGACCCGAGAAGCUGCACAAGGAUGAAAACUGACUGUCGAUUCAAGUUCCUGCUUUCACAAAGUGGUGAAUCUUAAGUGUGGAUUCAGCUUUAUCUCAAGCAUGUUUCUCAUUUUCUGUUUCUAAGCAAGGAGGCACAACAUACACCUAAUUCAUAGGAUUUUUCUGAAAAAGCAAGCCCAUCUGGGCUUGGCAGUAAGGAAAUUUCUUUUUUUAUUUGUGACAUCUGAGUAUGUGAUAUAUGAAUGUACAUGAUUAGUUAACCAAACAUGGCAUGAUUGUAACAAAGGGGAAUAACUAAGACAUUACUGGAGUGCUUUAACUCCACCAGGGAUUUGUGUGUGAGCUGGCGUUCUUACAGCUUCCAUUUUAUCCUCUGUAAUUUAACCACAUUUCCCUCAAACCAUCGCUUCCUGGUUACUGACCUCUGUCCCUGGACUGGGUUCAGUAUUGAGGAGACCAGUGAGAUUGGUUACUAGUGGUGUGGGGUGGGGCUACCAUGUUUAUUGCUGUAACCUAUUUGGCAGAUGUCCAUGAUGACCUGGACAGAUGCAGAGAAGAGGCCUAAGAACAAUGUUAAACAUUGAUGUAGGACCAAAAGUGAAUGUUGUAAAUAAAGAGACACAUUAUUGCUA